CCCGCCUCAGUGGCGGCCUGCAGUGGCAACGACGCGCGUGUCGCCUCCGACACUUCCGCCCCGCGCACCUAAUCCGCUCAUUUAGCCAGCAAACGCCGCAUACGGUGUGGUGGCGGUGGCAGCCCUGCGGCUCCGAGCCCCCGGGGCUGAUGCUCUGACGAGCCGGGCGCCUCCGCCCGAGCUCCUUCGAUCCGCGUCCGACCGGCAUGUGAUAUCGCGCCGCGCCACUCGACAAAAUGAUUGUGUGUUCAAUUGUUUACGUUAACGAUAGUUGAUAACCGGGAGGCCGACGCUGGCAUGCUAAUGUGAGUAUACACAAACCCGAUCAAUUUUAACGGCCGCAGACACCACGUCGCGUCCACGCGAGCACGCAAUUUUCUCCGUGAAUAAAUAAGGUAGCAUGUAAAGUCGUACAAGAAGACAAAGCGUAGUUAAUGUUAGUCUCGGAGCGGUUUUUCUGCAAUGCGACAAUGUUGGGUUACGAAAAACUUUUCAUACAUUAUUAACGUGCGAGUGUCAUGUACAGUCGACGCGGCGGAUGGUGGCGGCGGUAUGAGCAUUGCUGUUUGAGUAUAGUGACGAUGUUGUGAAUUGUCGGCAGUCGGACUGUUGGUGGGGAGUCGUGGACUGGUUGUCGUGGUCGCGCGGGCGUUGGACGCGCGGUUUUCUCGCGCGCGGGCUGCACAUCGCGCGGUUCUGGCGGGCCAGCGCCAUGCGGUAGCGCGGCGGCGCGGCCGAGCGGCGGGCGAGCACUCGUGCGCUCUCGGCUAUGUGCCCCCCUUGCGCUACACUGUAAGUCUCGAUCUGUCGAUGACGCAACCAAGGAGGACCCAUGUCUUACUGGGGUGGUGUUAGCCUAAGAUGGUGUUGGCGCUGGUGGUCGGAGUGUUGUGCGUGUGGGGCCGCCUGAGCGACGCAAACCCAGAAGCGAAGCGGCUAUAUGACGACCUGCUUUCCAACUACAAUCGCCUCAUCCGGCCCGUUGGCAACAAUUCUGAUCGACUCACUGUCAAGAUGGGACUUAGGCUUAGUCAGCUCAUCGACGUUAAUCUUAAGAAUCAAAUCAUGACAACGAACGUGUGGGUAGAACAGGAAUGGAACGACUACAAAUUGAAGUGGAACCCUGACGACUACGGUGGUGUGGAGACUCUGCAUGUACCUUCUGAACACAUAUGGUUGCCUGAUAUUGUAUUGUACAAUAACGCCGACGGUAACUACGAAGUGACAAUUAUGACGAAAGCAAUUCUUCACCACGACGGCAAAGUAGUGUGGAAACCGCCUGCAAUCUACAAAUCCUUCUGUGAGAUUGACGUGGAGUACUUCCCUUUUGAUGAGCAGACCUGCUUCAUGAAGUUCGGCUCUUGGAGUUACGAUGGCUACAUGGUGGACUUGCGGCAUUUGAAACAGACGCCAGACUCAGACCGCAUCGGGAUGGGAAUCGAUCUGUCGGAGUACUACAUCUCAGUGGAAUGGGAUAUCAUGCGGGUCCCUGCCACGAGGAACGAAAAAUUCUACUCCUGCUGCGAAGAACCGUAUCCUGACAUCAUCUUUAACAUCACUCUUAGAAGAAAAACCCUGUUCUACACGGUCAAUCUCAUCAUCCCUUGCGUUGGGAUCUCGUUCCUAUCAGUCCUUGUAUUCUACCUUCCUUCAGACUCCGGAGAGAAAAUCUCGCUCUGUAUUUCGAUUCUUCUGUCAUUGACCGUGUUCUUCUUACUGUUAGCAGAAAUUAUUCCGCCAACUUCGCUAACGGUUCCCUUGUUAGGCAAAUAUUUGUUGUUCACUAUGAUGCUAGUUACAUUAUCAGUAGUUGUCACUAUCGUGGUGCUAAACAUAAAUUUUAGGUCGCCAGUUACCCACCAUAUGGCCCCGUGGGUGCGGAAAGUCUUUAUAGAUUUUUUACCCAAAAUAUUAUGUAUACAGAGGCCAGAAAAACCACCCGAUGACGACGAUGAUAACGAUAAACCAAGCGAGAUACUCACGGAUGUCUUCGGCCCGGAUGAUAUGGAUGGAAAGUUCAAGGAAUGGGGUUGUGAGGAAUAUGAACUGCCAGGAAUGCCUCCCUCCCCUCCACCUCCACCGGGAGGUGAUGACGAACUGUUCUCCCCACCUCCUGGAUCCCCGUGCCGCUUAGACUUAGAUGAUGGUAGCCCGUCUCUAGAAAAACCGUACGUUAGAGAGAUGGAAAAGACAAUAGAAGGUUCUAGAUUUAUUGCACAGCAUGUCAAAAAUAAGGAUAAGUUUGAAAGUGUGGAGGAUGACUGGAAGUACGUAGCGAUGGUGUUGGAUAGAAUCUUCCUGUUCCUGUUCACGAUAGCCUGUGUACUGGGUACGGCGCUCAUUAUAUUCCGGGCGCCUACCUUCUACGACAACACGAAGCCGAUAGACAUUCUGUACUCGAAGAUCGCGAAGAAGAAGUUGGAGCUCCUGAAGAUGGGCUCUGAAGGUGACCCGGGUCUCUGAAAUUCGUCUUACGUCUUCGGCCACUCGCCGCCGAAGACGUUCUGGGAGUUGAUCGUCAUGUGGUGGCACGGAUGAUCUAUUUAAGACUCCCAGAUGGGAAUUACCAGGCGAGAACUAUGUGUUUCUGUGCUGUGUGUGGUGCCAAGCGCCCGGUGCGCCAAUGGACGUGUACACGCCGUAAGCGUAUCCUAAGCCGUCUUUUUAUAUAGAAUCAUUAACUCGAUGUCGAAACUGUCCGUCGAUGUUCGAUUGUCGCAGCGACCUCCAGUCACGGCCGUUUUGUGUUGACGCCGGAUCUGCCAUAACUAUUUUUAUAUUAGAAUCGCUGUAUUGAACGUUUAUACUUUAAGCGAAACGUUUUCUUUUAUAAUUAAUCAACGGAACGAUUGUUUUUCGAGUAAUAAUUUGAUACGAGCGCACAAACAUUGUACAGUUUAUCUUUAGGUGGUGGAGUUAAUUUCUUGCGAUAGUCGUAUUCAUUUUCGAGAUGGUAAAUGACAUGAUAAUGUAAUAGUACUAAAUGUAAGAUUUACUUCGAAUAAAUCGAGCUCAAAUUCGUAAUAUGUAAGUAUUGUAAAGUGGUAAUAUUCAAUGAAACGUCGAUUAGAAUCAAACAUUUAUAAUAAUAGUUACGUGCAAACGUCCUCGAUGAGAGCCGGACUAUGUAGUAUAUGUAUUAAAUUAUUAUGAAAUAAAUUUGAAUUAUACAUUAUAUAAUAUUUGAUAAACUGCGUACUCGCGUAAAAAUCUUAAGGACAAUAUCGAUACUGACGAAAUGUAAUAAUUUCCCUUUAGUAGUAUGUCAUAAGGGAUUGUAGAUACAGUUAGGUUAAAAGCCUCAAUCAUCAGUACAGUAAGACACUUAUCAUAAUGCCAGAUAGUUAGUCACGUCGCGAUCGUGAUAAUUCUAUGAUUAGAUGUAUUUGUGUAAAACAAUUGACUGCCAAUUGUAAAAAUUAAACAUUUUUAUAAAGAUCGGGUAUUCUUAGGUAGUUCGAUAACUUGUUUUAUUAGAUUUUUUAAAACGGACGUGCCAAACCCACCCACGUGACAGAUGUACAAGUUUGCAAUUCUACAAUUUUCUGUUUCCACGUGCGCUGACUUCACUGUCGUUAGAAGUAUCUUUUUGAUUCGCUUGAAGAUAUUCUGAUGUAUUUAUAAGUAAAACGAAUGCUUGCCGAAAAUGUAAUGACUGAUCAAUACACAUCUUAAAGCUUAAGUUUGGAAGCGCCCGCUUGUCCGCGAUCUACCGCAGCGGGGCGUGACGUCACACUUCUUCCGUAAUCUUAAUAUAAACAGUAUUUUCACUAUAAAACCUAGAGUACAGGGUAAAUUUAGUACACGAAUGUCUCUUGAUUUAUAUUUCUCACAAAUUUUCACUGAAUGUAAAGUCUUUACUCACUUAUCAGCACUUUACCACCACCACUAUUAGAUAAUAAAUCAUUGUUGAGGUUUGUGACUUUAGUAAGUAAAUUAGGUAACAUUAUGUUAAUUUGUACCUAGAUUAGUCUCGUAUUAGAUGUUACCUUUCGUUCUUGGAAUCAUGACUCACGGUUCAUUUGAUAGUUAUUUAUGAUUUGAGACGAACGCAUCAGGCGUUGUUACCUCACUUCAAUCCAUUCUGUAGGAUAUUUGUAGCAGUCUAAAGUAAUAAAAAAAAAUAUUUCGAGCCGCGUAUUUGAUAUGUCAAAGUAAAUCAUGAUAAUGUUUAUUAGGUAAUUACUUAGAUAAAAUUCAAAGUUAUUGAUAUUAAUGAUGAAUAAAAUCCACAGCGAGCAGUUAGGAAAACAGGGAUGGAUAAUGUAAAAUAAAUUAAAGAAAAUCAAAUUGUUUUGUGUGGUUCGUCUUCGUAAUUAUAAGUGUUAUUGAAUGUGUAUAGCUGUUCGUGUCGAGGGUAACGCAUAAAAAUGGCUAGUUUAGAAUUAGAUCAUACGUAAUAAACUAAAGAAAACGGUCUAACGUAUUAGACGUCGUGGAAGCUCGCUAAAGGUUGAAACAUGUUAAAUAUUAGCAAGUUACGGUAAACUGCUCUCACACACGACCUGGCUCUAAAGGAAUUAUUGGAAGGAAUUGUAUGUUGUCCUCAACUAUGCUGUUAAUUUUUCUAAAUGGAUCACUCACGUGGAUUAAUAAAAAGUAGGAUCGUGCUAUUGCACCACCGAAAUACACCAAUUUAGUGUAAUAAUAACUAUUAAUCAAUAAUGUUUAAUUAAGUCCACCGGCUUGGCACACUAUCCCGUAUCAACCCGAACUUUAAUUGUAGAUAUUUGCUAGAUAAAACGGUCUGUUGUUAUUUUUAUAUGGAUGCAAAUUGAUGAAUAGUUAGAUUUUCUAUAACACCAUAGGGUAAAGUGGUAGGAUGGAGUGACGUUCAGUGUGAGGAGUUAGGGGUUAAGUGAACAAUUGUAUAUAUUUGGAGCGUGAACUAUGGAGCUAAGUGUAGAUUGGAUCGGGUUCUAUUUGCAACGACACAGUAUGAAGGAACUGUAAAGCUUCUGUUGGUGUACUGCAACAUUUUCAAUGGUUUAAUGUUGAAUUUUGAUGAGCUAUGUCGAUACAACGAUUUAUGGCCCAGUUUGUGGUGUUAUUUCUUUCUGUGUUCGUGUCGGACUCUGAUUUUUGCACUGGUUUAUACAUGUUGUAUUUAUGUAUAUAUCUAUAUUUAUAGUAUACGUAGAUAGUUUGAGAAUUAACAAUGAGAGGGCUUAGUGCAUUGUUAGUGCCAGGCAUUAUUAUCCAGUUUGGCUAUGUCAUCUCUUGCCCUUGCCCGCAAAAGGCAACUUUCCACCUUGUUCCACAAAUUAUCGCGAAUCUACAUAUAUUAUAGGUAUAUUUGUUAUAAUAUUUAUAUAUUGGAAAAAUAAUAAAAUGUAUUUAAUUUUUCUUACGAAUAUAAAUUUUCCACAAAAAAAUAUUAAUACUUAUUCGUAUAGGUAUGUAUGUAUACAUAUAAUUAUCUAUUCUUAUAUACAUUCAAUUUUCUUGGAAAAUUAUACUAUAAAAACUAUUAUGUAUGCACAUUUAUUUAUAACUAUUAUGUAUACAUAUUUAAUAAGAUACAUAAUAUACACCGAUAUGUUCAAAAACUGUCCUAUGUAUGUAAUUACAUUGCUUUUAAUAUAAUAUAUUAUACAAAUCGGCUACAAAAAUCAGAGUCAAAAUUUAAUUUUGCAAUAAUAAUAAUUUCACAUUUCCAUUUUCAAGAUCUCAGCAGUGUACUCAAAGUGAUCGCAUCCAGCUCAAUGUUACGUUAUUUUAUGGCAUAAGAUCUCAGAUCUGAUUCUGUUACACUCUGUCUUUAAGACCUGUUUCGUUAUGCUAUACUUGUCUCUCAAAAACUUGUUAUUUAUAUAUAAUAUUUCGGGUGAUAAACGGAUAACUGAACGUAUAGAAUUCUGUCAUAUAAUUGACACUAGAUAGAUAAAUUAAAACAAUAAAAACAUUGCUAGUAAACACUUGUCAAUAAUAUUAAACGUAUGUUAUAAUGUAUAUUUAAUGUUAAGGUAUAUAAUUACGAUAAAUGAUUAGCUUCUCAGUGUUUUUAGAGUUAGUCGACGAAUGAGUCAACUUGGCGGCUCGGUGUCAGAUAAAUUUGUUACUUAGGUACCGUCAGAUUCAGUUAUUUUAGAUUUUUGACGAAAAAGGUUGGGAUCGUGCCAAAUAUUUGUUAUUCCUAGAACUGUAGAUUAGACUAGACUAGAGUUAUUGUUAUGUUUGUACAUUGUUUUUACUCCAUUUAAUGCUAAGACUUAUUUAUGAACAAGUUUAUCUACAUCGGGCGAGAGAGUUGUGAACUCAUAGUCAGCUAUCAUAUGGCUGUCAAUAAUUUUAAGAAUCAACUUGACCGAAAUGUUGACGUGUAAAUAUAGCAGAUCAACAUAGAAUUUUAAAUAAUAUUUAUAAUUGACAAGUUAUUUUUCUACGUUCGUUUCACGUUACCUUUAGAGCUAACGUAGUAGUAGCGGAUGGAUGCCGAAGUAGGUAUAUUGACAUGUCGAUAAAUGUUGUUACAGCAAUAAGGCCUUUAACAAUUUAGUUAGAUUUUAUCAUAAAGCAUUUGAUUUGACUUACAUGUAAAUUGAAUAAUUAUGUUUUGGAAGGAAGACAGUACUAAUCCGUAACGCUUUAUAAUUAGGUUCGACGAAAUCUAGAAUUUCGAAUAGUCAUUUCUACACUUUUUGGAUAUGCUUUAUUGCACGUUGUUACCUUUCGUUCGCCUUUGGAAUCGUUUUUCUUAAUCUUACAUUAUGAAAUAAUCUUUAUCUAUAAAUAUUCGAGUAAGUUAGAAAUAUUCGCAUGUUUAAUCAAACGUCUUCCAAAGUGACGUAAGGUAUUGUUAUUUUCUUCUUCUAUUUUAUUCUUAAUAUUUUUUUUUUUAUAAUUCAUGAGUAAUUUAGUUUUCUUCGUCGAAUAUUUAUUUAGUCCGUAACCUUUUCUCUAUUGUUAUUUUUAUUGUUGCAGUGGUCUUAAGUAUAAAAUAAAAAAUUCAUUGAGAAAAAUAAAUUAUUGAUGUUGCUUCGAUAACAUCAACUUUAGGCUCAGUUUAACAUUGAAAACAAGAAAACAACAACAUCACCAGACAUUGAAGUACUAUAACUCAAUAAGACUACUAUUUUAAGACUAAAACAAAUACUUUCUCUAUUAUAGAACACUGCAACUGUCCUUCAGGUUGUGGCUCUGUGAGACUUACAAAAACUAUGUUGAGAUUAAUUAUUAUUGUUUAUCAAGAAGGAUAAACAAGAUCUAUUUUACUUUAGCUAAAAAGAAAGACAAAAAAAUGAUUCUCAUUAGUAAGUACUUCAUGUAUCAUAUCGUGGUGGCCCGGAGUUUUAAGAGACCUGCUUCUCAUCCAAGAGAAGUGGCUACGAAAGCAACCAACGGCAAAGUACCAAUGACUUUUUCCGAACUAUAUGCACUUUCUAAGAUUAUCUAGACACUUCUGACUAACGGUGUAGGAAAACAUCGUGAGGAAACCUUGGCUUAUAAUUCCUAAUUAUAAGGUUUGAAAUCGCCAACUCACAUUAAGCAAGCGUGGUGAUUAAUUCUCAAAUCUUCUCCGUGCGAGAUGAGGCCGUUGGUUAGGAAUGGCCACAGGUUAAGAAGCGAAAUCCACGUUUUUGCUGGUAUAUAGCAAAAUACUGAAAUAACGAAUGGACGUACAAACUUUUUAACAGCAGUUAGCUAAUAACUAAUUUCUUUUUAUUUUGAAUGUAUAACAAAGAAAUUACAAUUCAACCCCAAAAUAAAUAACUGUAAAAAUAAUUAUAACUUAAAGCUCACGGUCACGUUUUGUAAUUCUCACAAAACUACAAUCUAAUUCAACAGCCAACGUAAAGCUGUUAUAUAAUUUCUAUACUUAAUUUAUUUAACCUUCCUAGUUUACUGGUAUUAUAGAAAUAGAAUAAUAAAGAAAAUGUAAUUAAUAGGUAGAUGAAAAACCACACGAAAUUUGCGUUGAGCUUCCAACACGAUUAGAUGUAAAUACAGAAAUAAAUAAACCACUAUUCACACAUAUAGACACUUCCUUCUUUCAUACUAUGAUACAUAAUAUUAUGUAUUCUUAUAACAUAUAGCCGUUUAAAAAUACUGACUGUCAAAAACAAUUAAUAAAAAAAAAAACUAAGUCUUUUGAAGAAAAUUCAAACAUAAUGUCGUACCUCUUUAAGGUACUAACACACCAGAUCAUGCGAUAUUCAUAUGCAAUUAAGCAUACCGCAUAAAAUGUAACAAUAUUAAAAAUUCUCAGAUUAAUACAGUACAGUAAAUCAGUUAGAAAAAACACUUAAUAUCAUCAAAGUAACAAUUAAAAAAUAAUAUUUAUUACAGACCUGUACACUUAGUACGAGUAUGCUUGACGUUGAACGAAAACGAAACGAAAGGACGUUCGGCGUUCUGAUUGGGGAGCGCGAAUGAACUAACCAAUCAGAGCGCCAAACGCGUCCUCAUUUCGAUUGCUUUUAAGGUAAAACAAACUCAUACUAAGGGAACUGAACAAAAUGACUAUUACCACUUCUUUUAUGUACUGUAUCGUGACGUCACUAAACAAAUAUGCAAAAUGUUUAUACAGUAAAAAUAUUUGAUAGUCAGUAUUUCUUUAAUGCUUUCGUUAUCUUUGCAAUAACUAUUAAAUUAUAAUUUAAGUUGUGUGUGCCUUAUUUUAUUAGUUCUGAUUGGUCUUAUGCUUUUACCGUGGAAAGAUUUAAAAACAUUGACAGCUAAAAAGUAAUGUAUAUCUUGAAAGAAUUUUUUGUCUAAAAUCAUUUUCCAAUAGUAAUUGUGAACUUCGUCUUUCAUAACUCAAAAUCAAAUAAGAUUAUCAACCCAUUUUGGAAUUCAGUCGCAAUGCGGGCCCAGAGUACAUGAGAAUAAUUCCCAUACAUUUAUUAUGGACUAUUAUAUAACAGCAAAGUGCAGCAGGUCUCAAUAUCACACAGGGGAUCGCCAAGCAGUCUAUGCACUACGUCGUCGCAUGUUGAAACAUGUUCAAUGUUCAUUUAUACUGUAACAGACAAUUUGCCGUAGCACUGCGGGCCAGCACGCAUUACAGUGCCAAGUUUAGAAUUCAACCCUGCAUUGCGCUAUCCCAGACCUGACACAAUUUGUACUCACCUAAAACUUUAAAGGUACCACUUAAAAGGGAACGGACUUGGGAAAAGAAUAUUGGUUUUUAAUCUUCACCACGGUAACACGCUACUAAAACCUUUAGUGACUUUUGUAAAAUAAUUAUACCUUUUGUGUGCUUCAAGUAUUCUAGUAUUAGUUACCUUAGUUAACUAACCAAAGUUAGUUGAGAUAAUUUUAUCAAUGUCUUUAACGGACUUGUAUUUAAGGCAAAGAUUGUGUAUAUCUUUAAUUUAAACGAAAGCAAUCGUAUUCGUACUAUAUUAUAUGUGUAAGUUAAAAGUUUUAUAUUGUCGAAUCAUUGUAAUAAUUUGGUGUCGCAACGACAUAUAGGAUAAGUGUAUGUUCGAAAAUUUUCGUCUUGUAAUAUUAUUAAGUGUAAUUAAUGUCCUCGACUAGUAAUUGUAAUGAUUUUUUGUUUGUUAUUGAAUUAUUUUUCACCUUUCUCGUCACGAGUAACGGUGUUUGUUGUGAAGGAAUUGAAGAUAUGAUUGGAACUAGUAAAAGAACGUAAACAA